CCUCGAUUUCACAACCGCUUUCACUCUUUUCGAACGAGAUUUACCACGUGUUGGUGUCGUUCCUAUUUCUUUUAUUCGAUUGUGUCUCAUUUUGCAUAUUAACGUUAUCAUCACGAUGCCACCUAAAUUUGAUCCAAAUGAAAUCAAGAUAGUCUAUCUAAGAUGCGUUGGAGGUGAAGUAGGAGCAACUUCAUCUCUGGCUCCAAAAAUUGGUCCACUCGGUUUAUCUCCCAAGAAAGUUGGUGAUGAUAUCGCCAAGGCUACCAGUGACUGGAAGGGUUUGAAAAUUACCGUCCAGUUAACAAUUCAGAACAGACAAGCUACAAUUACGGUGGUUCCAUCUGCUGCAUCCUUAAUAAUUAAGGCUUUGAAGGAGCCACCUAGGGACCGAAAAAGGCAGAAGAAUAUAAAACACAAUGGAAAUUUAUCAUUUGAUGAUAUUGUUUCCAUUGCUCGAUCAAUGAGACCGAGGUCUAUGGCAAAGUACCUUAGUGGUACUGUGAAGGAGAUAUUAGGUACAUGUCAAUCAGUUGGAUGUACUGUUGAAGGUAAACCACCACGAGAUCUUAUCGAAGAAAUUAAUGGUGGAAGGCUCCAAGUCCCAGAUGAAUAAUAUGAUUUAUCAUAAGGAGUAAAAAAUAAAACAUUUUUAAUAUGAA